AUGGUUUCCCUGCUUUUAUCGAUUUCAUUUUUAUUUAAGCGACUUCUAUUGUAUUCCUUCUUUUAUUCAUUUGAUAAAAUUGUUUUUCACUUCUUAAAACGAUUUCUAUUCACUUUUAAAUUUAAACUUUUUCAUUCUAUUUUUUCUUUUAUCUAUGCAUUCCUUAUUUCUUUCUCUGAUACUCUUUCUUUCUUUUUCUUUUUUCAUACAUUCUUUCUUUCUUUCUUUCUUUCUUUCUUUCUUUCUUUCAUACUCUUUUUCUUUUUGAAACAUUCUUUUUCUCUUUCUUUCUCUAACAUUCUUUUCUUUUUAAAAAUUCUUUAUUUGUAUCAUUCAUUCUUUCUCUCUUUCUUUCUAACAGAGAUAUUUUCUUUCCUUUAUUCAUUUUCAUAUUCUAUUUUCAUUUUUUCAUAUUUUUUGAUUGAUUUUUCUUUUCUUUUCAUUACUGUGUCGAUGAGCGGAAAUCUCUUUCAUUCACUUUUUAAUUCUCUUUUUAUUUCUGCUUUUGUUUUUUUCACUUGUUUUUCUUAUUUAUAUUUUUAUUUUUUUUAUUUUUCUUACAUUUAUAAUUUUUGUUUUUCUUUCUUUUCAAAUCAACUUUCAUUUCUUUGCCAAUUUUCACCAACAUUUCUCCUUGAUUCUUCCAAUUUCUUUCUUUCGUCCUUAUUUUUACCCCAGUUUUGUCCUUUCUUUCUUUCUUUCUUUCUUUCUUUCUUUCUUUCUUUCUUUCUAAGUUAUUUUCACGUAAACUUUACUUUUCUAAAUUCUUCCUUUCUUUCUUUCCUAAUUAACUUUUCUUUUCAAUUUAUUUUCACGUAA